AUGGCAUUCGACGACGACGAUAGUAAUACGGUCGUUUCUGCGACGACGGGCGACGCACAGCAACGUGCCGCUCCCGACAAUGGUGCGAGAGCAGAUGAUGCUGUUGACGAGGAAGAGGACGAAGAGGGCGCGCCACAGGACUUCCGACAUUUUUCUUCCCUUUUUAGCAAGAAAAAAGGAGUUUCCAGUCAAACACUGCGCCGGGGCGAGAAGGACUUUGAGACACACGGGACGCGGGCUCAAGAGGGCCUCUUGGAGCAGAGCAGACGGGCUAUGGAGGAUGUUCUCAGCUAUACAAGAGUACAUGGUGCAAAAAACUGGUGUCGCGGCUGGUACAUGCCCGACAUAUGGGAGAAUUAUGAGACUGCCAUAAAAGACAGGGAGGUUAGCCCGGAGUUGCGAAAGCGCGAGGUUCAUGCCAGGGAGAGGGUCGUAGGAGUGGACUCGCCCAACGGCAAGUGGUACAGCUCCAUGGGCAGCAAUAUCCCUAACCCGGAUAGGUCGCAACCAGGCUGGGAUCGGCUGUGGCUACUUCCGGAGGAGGCCCUUUUCCUGGUUGAGCGUGGCUCUUUGGAUUUGUGGUGGCCGACGCGCCCCGCCGCAGAUAUAUGGCCUUUACCUCGGAACCUUAAGGACCUCGGCGACGGAAACGAGGAGGAUAAUGGCCCACCCCAGGGUGCACCGAAACCAUCUUUGGACCUAGGACCGAACGACGAUUAUAGCCUGGGCGUUCCUCUCAGUCUUCAGGCGGCUUACUCGCUACUUAUAGGCACUGAGGGUGAGAGAGGUAAGGUAACCCUUGAAAAAUUCCAGGUCUACGCCAAUCUCAGAAGGCAUGGGUAUAUCAUCUUUCGGGCUGUGGAUGAGGCUUUGCCAGAGGCCACUCCGAACGCGCCGGGCUCCCUUCUUGAUUGGCUCUUUUCCUUCAUUCCAUCCGCGCACGCUGGCCGCAAACCACUUGCGCCCUACGGUCCGCUAGUGAGACCCGGGGUGUACCGAUCAUAUGAACAAAUAUUCAAGCAGCUACAUCUCAUACAUCGCCACACCCCUGGAGAAAAACAUGAGCCAGCGGAAACUCUGGCCGAGAGUAACCCUUUCAAGAUUCAUUACCACGUGUGGAAGGCAUCGACAACUGGUCUUGCCAAGACUCGACCUCCACCUCCCGACUUCUAUAUCUCCGUUAUCGAUGCCCGAACUACAUCCGUACCGUCGUUGUCUGAGAUAUCGGCUCUGCUGGAAGCCACGCCUCCCAACCCGCCCAAAGAGACGUGGAAGGGACAUGGGAUGCUGUAUCCCAGACUGAAGCAUGGACAUCGCAAUGUCGUUCUGGCAGUAGUCGACCACGGAAUUGUCAACUAUGUCAGGUUUGGCGAGGGGGCGUUUGGUAUGGAGCCGAUAUCAUCGAGAUUCGACCACGUAGCAGCGCCAAAGGGUGGGAAGAGAGGAGGCGGCGGGGGAGGUAGAGGAAGAGGAGGUGGUCGCGGUGGAAGAGGGCGCGGCAGGGGGAGACACCGAGCUUGA